GUUAUCAUUGUGCUGCUUUGCGUGCUGCACAUGCUUGUCAUAGGGGUGCUUCUAUCAAGAACGGUCCACGACUCCCCUGGCCCACUAAUCCUGGUGGAUGGCAACGUGGCUCGUGCAUACAUAAACCUCAGUCAAGUUCCCCCUUGUUCCCCCUCGUUCCCUCUACAUACGCCUGGGUAACUCAAAACUUCGGGAGCUUAUCAUGGAUAUCACAACUACUCACAAUGCCACUUGUCAGAUAUCGCCCCACGCCCAGGCUUUCCGUGCUGUUCUGACAGGCUUCGUCGGAUCCGCCAUGGGCGGCCUUACCAGCGGCUUUUAUGUCGCCCUCUUUUCUGGCUGGAUUAGCUGGUUUGCGACACUGCACAUUCUCCUCGGAGGAAUUGAGCUUUUGCUUUGUCCACAGCGUGAGACACAGAGCUUUUGUCAAAAACUUGCAUCCUGUCUGCCGUGUUGUGACAGCCGUGACAGUAGCGAUGACAAAACCAACGCGUUGGGCUGGUUGGGUUGGAGUUAUUCGGUCAUCUAUUCCCCAGUCUCGCAGGUCUUAUGGGUCAUAGGCAACUUGCACAGUGCAUCAGCUCCGCUGAUGUUGGUUCAGGCUCUCAGCAUCUGCACCAUUGCGCUGCCACUAACAAUCGAUCCUAAAGUCCGGUAUGGGGACCAAUUCGAAAGAGAUUUCCUUAGAAGGGCCUUUAAUCUCGCCACGGCCAUUAGUACCCUCAUCCUCGGUGUCUUAUCUUCGGUUCUACUCGUAUUCGCCGCCAAAGGGCUUCACCGGGACCGUUUUUUUAUCAUAAUCUACGUCGUCGUAUUGGUCGUGUGGACCUUCUGUGGAUGGAUGUUUCGACCAAGCCCAACAAAGGUGCAUUCCCCAAAGGGCCUCGGCAUUCUAGCUGGUUUGGCGAUGGGAUGUUUUUCUGGGGCCCUCAUCGCCACUCCAGCAUUUGUUAUUAUGCAGAUAGCACCUACAUCACCGGGGUUGGGACUGCUGGAUUAUAUUCAGUGUAACGGGCUAGCAGUGUGGCGAAGAGUUGUUGCCGUCAUUCCGUGAUUGACAUGCAAUUGCAGAUUUCGAACAAGGAUAGAACUUACUUGGUACCAACUACCUAAGGAGUUCCACUAGUGAUUGAUUGAUCUACCAGUUAGUACGGACGAAGUCAAUUUCUUAUGAUACAUUUGACAUCUACGUAGCAGCUGUAUUUUGAGCCACCGCAAUCUCGUUCGUAUCACCUUGCAUCGACACGAUGUACUAUGUAGAUAUACUUAGGCGAUCAUCGAG